AUGAGUUACGUUGAUUCUGGUGAUAACAAGAUCCACUUACAUGAGGGACAGCAGGAGUCCACGCAGAAGCGCAUGCCGGGAGGAAAUUACAAGGCGACGGCAAUCCAAGCAGUGGUGAAGGAAGUAUUAAGUGACGGAGAAGAGACGCAGGUAAACUUUGCAGCUGUGCAUCGUGAAGUGAUUGUUGUGGCAUCGACUAUUGAUAACACCUCUGAUGAUGAACCACAAGAUAAUAAUGAUAAUAGAAAUAAAAAGAAUAUUAAAAAUGUUCAUGAGCAACAAGAAGAUAAUAAUAAUAAUAAUAAUAAUAAUAAUAAUAAUAAUGAUAAUGGUGAUGAAUCUAAAUUGCCUGUCUUUAGACGGAAGAGUCGCACGGAGGAGGGCAACUCCUCUCCGGUAGUGAUGCCCGCCGCUGGUGUCUCCUCCUCAUUAGAGAGUGAGCCAGCUCCCACCCGACAGGAACCAACAAUCGUUCACGUUCAUAAUGGCUCUGAAGGGCGUUGUAAGUCUGUGCAGGUAACCGACAUGGAUCCCGAUAUGUUUAAAGGCCCCGGCCCAGCAAAGGAAUUCCACUAUGAUCGCAUCUUCCGUUGUUUUGAUGUUGAGGGUGGCAUUCUAUUUCGACUCGUGGAUGAUCGACACCACACGUGGGCCUAUUACAACGACACCUACACAUAUGCAGUCCGUGUGCGGGUGGUCUUUGGGCCGGAGAGUGCCGUGGAGGCCCUCGGCGCGGCGCAGCGCACCCCGUUGGGGGACGUGGACUCCGGCCGCUGCGCCGUGGAGGCCAUCGUGGCCCCCGGGCAGACAAUGUGGUUCAUGCACGGGGAAUAUAAUGGAUUCAGCAGCAACUACACCGCCGUGUUGGCGACCUCUGCAACCACCACACCCGCAACGGAGGAGGUGGAGGGUCUACAGCAGUCCAGCACGAGAGGAGGGAGAACAACGGGAACCGUCAGUGUGAAGACAGUGUCCUUGUCGAAUGGAAGGGAGUAA